ACUAAAAUGAAACUAUUUAUUCUUCUUCUCCCGUUGAAUUGCUUGUGAGGAAGGAAGUUCCAUCUCUGCUUCUAGUUCUACUUCUAGUUCUACCUAUGGCUGCUCUGCAAAUUCUCAAAUCAACUGUCUCUCCUCUUUCGUUCUCUCAGCCGAGUUUUGGCGUCCAAUCGAGCCGGUUCUUCUCGGAGUUGGAUUCCUCGAGGAGGUUUGUACGGUUCCAUGGCCGUCGGAGAAGUUUGAGAUAUGGCUGCGUUUGUAGGAGGUUGAGUUUCCGUUGCGCUGCUCAGGAUGCUCAUAAGGAAAGCAAUGGAGAAGAACCUCCAGAAUCAUUAUUCAUGAAGGAGCUGAAGAAGAGAGGUAUAACUCCCACUUCCUUGCUUGAGGAUACUAAAAGCACUGAAUUUGAACUGGGUGGUGAGACGACGGGAGAAAACAUAGAUUUCUCCGGUACAAGUGCUGUUUCAACUGAAGUUAGCAAGAGCCUAUCCAAUCAAAGGGAGCGUUCCAUGCAAUUGAACAGUGAAGGCCUUGAGGGGUUGAUCCCUCGUGCUAAACUUUUGCUAACACUUGGAGGAACAUUUUUCUUAGGAUUCUGGCCGCUGAUCGUCGUCACUAUUUCAUUAUUUUUUGCUUUAGACUUUUUUUUUGGAUCAUCUUUUGUUCACGACGGCAACCAAACGCCACCAUCUCCUCCACCAUAUGUUUAUCCAUAUGCUCCUUUAGAAGACGAGAGGAUUUCACAAAUAGCUCCUCGUGUAAAUUGACUGGUACCCAUUAUAAUCCUAAUUGGUUGGUUUUCUGCUACUUACUUUUCCCUUUCGCAAUAUUAAUUCCUGUCCUUCAAUAUUAUGUAUAUAUGAAAAUGAUUUUUAGCUAGAA